AUGGACAACGUGGAUCUUGUGGUCAUUGGCGCCGGUUGGAGCGGGCUCGCCGCCGUCAAAACCUAUCGUGAAGUAAAUCCCGACAGCAAUGUCCUUCUUCUGGAGGCUGCCAGCUCCAUUGGCGGAGUCUGGGCGAAACACCGACUGUACAAAGGGCUCAAGUCGAACAACAUGCUCGGCACGUACGAGUAUAGCGAUUUCCCCAUGGAUGAAGCAACUUUUGGGGUGAAGCCCGGCGAACACAUUCCCGGCGACAUUGUCCAGCGGUACCUGGAGGCCUACGCGAAGAAGUUUGACUUUAUCGAUCGCAUUCGACUCAACCAGCGAGUCGAGAGUGCCGAGCACCGCUUGGACGGAAGCUGGCAGCUGGUGGUGUCGCACGAGGAUCCCUCUUCACGGACGGUGAUCGACACGAAGAAGCUGAUUGUCGCGACGGGCAUCACUUCGCAGGCCUACCUACCCACCUUCACCGGACAAGAAACUUUCGGCGCCCCGCUCUUCCACUGUCGUGACUUCCUACAGCACGAAGACAGUAUUCUGCGCGAAGGCGAGCGCGUGACAGUCUUUGGUGGCACUAAAUCGGCGUGGGAUGCGGCCUACGCCUGUGCGACAUCGGGGAUGAAGGUGGAUUGGAUCAUUCGCGAAUCUGGCCACGGUCCGAACUGGAUGGCUCCCCCAUACGUGACGCCAUUGAAGAAAUGGUUGGAGAAGUUGGUGACCACGCGGUUCCUAACGUGGUUCAGCCCUUGCAUUUGGGGCUCGGCUGAUGGAUUCCCUCGCGUCCGACAGUUCCUACACGGCACUUGGCUGGGGAGAAAGAUUGUAGAUGCCUUCUGGGCGGUUCUGGCUGACGAUGUGGUGCAGUUAAACGGGUUCAACAAGCACGACGAGGUCAAGAAGCUGCAGCCAUGGAUUUCUCCCUUUUGGAUCGCCUCAUCCCUUUCCAUCCUUAACUAUCCAACUGACUUCUUCGACCUUGUCAAAGAUGGUACCAUCAAAGUGCAUAUUGCUGAAUUGGACCAUCUCUCCGAUCACACAGUGCAUCUCUCAACAGGCGAGUCCUUGUCUACUUCGGGCUUGAUCUGUUCGACAGGUUGGCGAGCCACUCCGAACCUUCAAUUCCUGCCAGAGGGAAUCGAUCGCGAACUAGGAUUCCCAUGGAGUAAGGACCCUCUCGACGAGAAGAUGGUCAAGGCUGCAGACGAAGAGAUCUUGAACCGAUUCCCUCGUCUUCGCAAUGGACCCACGCCCAACCCCAAGUAUCGCCCGUUGAACGACGAGGCCGAAGCCUCUGCGCCGCAUCCAUUUCGCCUAGCUCGCUUUAUGGUGCCUCUCUCACAAGUUCGAGACCGAUCUCUUGCAUUUAUGGGCGUCACCAUGACCAUCAACACCACUCUCAUCGCACAGACGCAAGCACUCUGGAUCUCGGCCUACUUCGGCGGCCAACUCACUCCAAAUGCCGUCGAGAAAUGCCCAGCCUCCGUGCGUGCCCAAUCAGACAUCAAGACUGAGGAUAUCGACGAUAUCAACCUGGCCUGGGAGACCGCCCUGCACUCCGAGUUUGGUCGGUAUCGAUACCCCGGCGGGUUCGGCUACCGCAACCCGGAUUUUGUCUUCGAUGCCAUCCCAUAUCUAGACCUGAUGCUGCGCGAUCUCGGUUUGGCCCCGGAGCGAAAACAAGGUCUGCUCGCCCGCUGCUUCCAUCCGUAUGGCACUGAGGACUAUCAAGGCCUGGUGGAUGAGUGGAAGGCGACUCUUCCGACCGGAAGAGAAAGUGAAUAG